AGACCGCGCACGAGCUGUGGCCGAGGGCAGAACGCGCGCUAACCGACGGAGCAAGUGCAGAAAGAGCAGUGGGGCCGUUUUCCAUACCGCUACACACCUGACUGCACUUAGUCCACACACCCACACAUCCCACUGUCUGGUGGGACCAUGUGGGUUCUGGAUAAGAUCCGUGGGUCGGUGGAGACCGGUGUGCUGCGACAGGGAGAGAACGGAGAGAAGAAAGGCGUCGCCCCGGCCUACAGCAACGUCCUCACCCCCGACAAGAUCCCAGACUUUUUCAUUCCGCCGAAGCUGGUCAGCUCCCCCCCAGAGCCUGAGUUUCCUAAUGUGAGGCCCAAAGAGGGGCUGCAGCCAUCCGCGUCAGAGCAGACUAUCGGCAGUGGGAAGAAGAUCAGCAGCCCAAGGAGUCCACGUCUGGUGGCCAAGAUUGCAGGAGACACCAAGAGCUUGCUGAGAGCGGCAAAUCGCCACAUCAUACAGAUAGAGAGUGCUGACGAUGUUGUGGCUGGAGACACCAAUGCAGACCCCCAGUCGCAGACAGCUAUGUCCCUGCCUUAUGUUCCCAAAACUCAGACAUCUUAUGGCUUUGCAACCUUGAAGGAAAGCCCCCACACUCGCCGUAAAGAGUCGCUGUUCCACUGUGAACUUACCAGUCCCAUCACCCCUCCGAACGCCCAGAGGAAACCUGCGGGGAAGGGCAGCGAAGCAGGAAACCAUCUGAAUCCAGCUGACUUCAACACCUCUCACAUGAAUCCUUAUCGAUACUUCAGCGGUGGGGAAAGUGACACCUGCUCCUCAGCUGAGUCCUCCCCCUUCAGCUCUCCGCUGCUCUCCCGCUCCGCAUCUCUACUCAAGAUCUUCACCCAUGAGACGCAGGCUAAGGUCGUGAAAGCGAAGCGGACGUUCGCUCGACACAGCUCCCUCUCCACAGACGAGUGCAGCUCGGCCGAGCCCAGCCCCAACAUCCAGCGACGCCUCCACAUCCCCUCAUUCCACAGUGUGGCUGGAGCGUCCGACCACGCUCUCCAUCGAGAGCACACCAUCAACCUGCACAAAGGCGGUACAGUGAGGAUCAGCGCCAACUACGACUCCAGCACCUCCCGCCUGCUGAUCCGCAUCCUGGCAGCAGAGAGUCUUUACGACAAGCACUUUGACAUCAAGAGCAUCAACUGCUGCGUGUCCGUCUACCUGAACCCAGGCAAGCUGCAGAAGCAAAGGAGCAACAUCAUCAAGAACAGCCGCAACCCGGUCUUCAACGAGGAUUUCUUCUUUGACUCAAUAAGCUCAGUUCAGGUGAAGAACCUGUCGGUGAAGUUCAAGGUGGUGAACAAAGGGACCAGCCUCAAGAGGGACACGCUGCUGGGAGAGCAAGAGGUGCCGCUAACAAAGCUGCUCUCAGGGCUUUAAAGCUGCAGGACCUGGAGGUCAAAAACCAGGGACACUGAUUGAAACUUAAAUUAGAUGUUUGCACUGGUUUCUAUACAAUCUGCUGUUGUUACUCUGAUAGAUUAAAUCGCUGACCAUAAAGAUAAAGGGAGAGAAAAAAUCAAGAGUUUCUAAGAAGAACCAAAUUUCUAGAGGGGAGGGAGGGUUUUAUUCUGAGAUUUGCGAACUGAGAAAAACCCAAAGCUCAAGAAAAUGAGUCUCUUGAUGUACGUGGCUGGAUAAAGGUUUUAUGGUGGUUGAGAUUUACCUGGCUCCUUCUCCCAAUAAUGAGUGCUCAUUAAACCAAGCUGGGUUCGAUUGCAACAGAUGAAUUAGACAGAUGAAAGGGUUUUUUGUUUUUUUUGUUUUUUUUCCUGGACAUGUCUCCCAGCCAACUUUGUCAGCCAGGUCUGUUUCAAAGGUUGGAUGACACCUGUGCAUCAGCCUGUCUCGGUGUCCUUGCCUGCACUGUGUUCGUCAUGUGUGGCAUGGUUUUAUUAUUGUAAUGUGCCAUAAGUCCACAGCAGCGCAGAAUGGGAUUCUACAUUAGCUGCACCAUGUGUUCAGCACAAAGAUGCCUUUGUGAAUCAGCAUGAGCUUUGAAGUGGUACUACAUCCUGAUGUGCAAAUGACCCUUUGAUCCCAGUUGCCAUGGCCGACCUCCUACAGGGGAGGGUGAGGACAAGCAGAGCAGUCACGAUAGUCACAUUUACAUGCACAUCAAAAAUAUAAUUAUAAGGCGACUAAUAAUGCAAGUAAGAUUAAAACCUAUAAUUGCCAUAGCCUGAUUCUGUUAUUGUACUUGUGCUCUUACUAAAAGAAAGUGAAGUCAAAUGACUCACAUGUCUCUAAA